AUGUGUUCCAGCACAAUAAUUCUUGCUAUUUCCACGCUAAUCUGUAUUCUGUCAAAGCAUAUCGUUACAGCUGCAGGAAAACAAUGCCCCGAUAUUGCAACUGUCAGGGACAAUAAGGAUGACACAGUUGACGCGAAAAUAAUAUAUUUCGAAGGUUCUGGCCAACAAAUUGCUCACAUUUCGUGUGAAGGAGAGACUAGUGGUGUUGUUGAGUUGGUUUCCAACGAUAACUCGUUAGGAUUAAUUGAAAAUGACACUCACAAAGCAAUUUGUCGUCUCGGAAGAUGGUACACGCUGAACAAGUAUGGCAGAAUUGCAGUUAUCAAGGAAAUAGCGUGUUAUGUUCAUCAUUGA